AUGAACCCUCAAGUGCCUUCUCGAGAGAAGUGGCGUCGCGACGUAGCAGACUAUGCUGAGCGUUACCCACUAUAUGAGAGACUUAAGGUCAAAUUAGAGAAAGAUCUUUCAGAUGUAUGCAGCAAAGCUUCUAUUCAUGCCAUCAUACAAGCACGGCCAAAGUCAGUGUUAAGCUUCUCUGAAAAACUCUCUCGAAAGACAUACGAAAACCCGUGUGACGAUUUUACAGACCUCUGCGCUGGACGAAUCAUCACAAAUACCGGUAAUGAGGUUUCUACCAUAUCAAAAGAAAUUGAAAAGAAGUACAAAGGGGCUAUAGAUUGGCCUAAUUCUCUUGAUCACACAAAACAUCUGAAAAUUCGAGAGUUUGGCUAUCGAUCAGUCCAUUAUAUCAUCACACUCAAUACACAGAAACUCGACGAGGAUUUAAAAAAUAUGUCCAAUCCCCGUGUUGAGGUGCAAGUGCGAACAUUAUUGGAGCAUGCCUGGUCUGAUAUCGACCAUGAAUAUGUAUACAAACCAAACUUUCCGAUCCCUGACCUAUGGAAACGAGAAUCUUUUCGCUGCGCUGCGCUUCUAGAGAAUGUUGACGCAGCAUUCAAUCGCAUGCAAGUUGGUCUGGAACGCUACAGAGUAAGCUACGGUACUUACUUGACUCCUAAACAGAUAAUGGCGGAGUUAGCUAUGCUGAAAUAUAUGUUAGAGGGGAGUGUCUACGAAGCAUUAAGCAGAGAGGAGCGUGCGAACACUGCCAUCAAAUAUGGCAGACUGUCGGCAGAGCUUGAUGACAGAGGUUCUUGGGAAGAGGCAGUUGGGGUCAUUACAAAAUACAUCGCAGAAACCGUGACAAAUAGGUUGCCUCCGGAAAAAAACUGGCCCUUGUAUCUGCAACGCGGCAUUCUGAUGUGCACAAUAUAUAGUCCAAACGAGCGAAAAUUCGUCGAAGGUCAAGGUGACUUAUUGGAGACUUUGAAGCUAUCACAGUUUAAUUUAGAAGCUCUAGUCUCUCUAGCAGACACAUAUGAACUCCUAGCCGAAGAACUCCUCCUAGUCAAGCAACCAACAGAGCAGCAGAUUAGUGAUCGGCAGGGAUUUGAAAAACAAGCUCUCCAGAAAUACAAGGAGGCUUAUGGCUUGGACCCGUCAGACCCUCGCGUACUUGCACAUUAUUUAUGCUGGGAAAUCAAGUUCAGCAAAAGCAGCGACAUUAUCCGCUAUAUACGACCGUCGAUACUACAGGCCAUUUGUCGGUCCCAGGAGCAAAUUGAGAUGAAAAUUUAUCUUCCUUGGGCGCAUUACUAUAAAGGGUUACUGAAUCUCCUUAUAAACGAUGAUGAUUGCCGCUCUGCCUACUCUAAAGCGAUUAAAAUGACGGCUUCCAGACAUGUCUUUGAGGCAAAUAUCAGAUUCUUGAAAAGAAUUGAAAGUAUAUGGUCAGAAAUUCCCCAAUACACUACAAUAGAGAAACUAUUGAAAGUGGCGCUGCAAGGUGAAAAGGCGUGA